AGAGAGAGAGAGAGAGAAUAUUGGUGGCAAGGUGGCGGGAUUCGUGUUAUAGUCGCUGCUGUGUCAGACAUGCGCAGGAGCGUCAGCGACGCCACCACCGCCGCCGCCGCCGCCGCCGCGCUGCGUUUCCGCUUAGGCUGAGCGGCGCACACAGCCGAGAGGGGAGGGCAGGGAAGCCGAGAGGACUCCGGGGACGGCACGGACUCCGAGCAAAUCACUCCGACGCACCGACAUCCCCGCAGCCCCGCAGCCCCGCGCGCAGAUUCACACCUCGGGCGGGCGAGCGAGCUGAGCGCCGCGCCGCGCCGCGCCGCGCGCCGGACGCAGCCUUGCAGCAUGGAGACCGCGCCAGGGAACGAGCACUAACAUGUGACAUUUACGGAGGGAAUCGGAAGAGACAGAGCGCGCGCGCGUGUGUGUGUUUAUCUCUUGCGGGUGAUCUGUGAUUCUGUGCACUGCAGUCCGAGGGGGGGAGAAAAUGAAGAAGUUCAACAUCAGGAAGGUGCUGGACGGCUUGAAAGAGGUGUCCUCCUCCACCCCGUCGGUCCAAGUGGGACCACAGGAGAACCACCUGGUCCAGGAGAGCCUCCAGUCCGAUCAUUUCCAGCUGUGCAAGACCGUCCGUCAUGGCUUCCCCUACCAGCCGUCCUCCAUGGCCUUCGACCCCGUCCAGAAGAUCCUGGCCGUCGGCACCCAGAGCGGAGCGCUCCGACUGUUCGGUCGUCCGGGCGUGGAGUGUUACUGUCAGCACGAGAGCGGAGCGGCCGUCAUCCAGCUGCAGUUUCUCAUCAAUGAGGGGGCGCUGGUGAGCGCGCUGGCUGACGACAGCGUCCACCUGUGGAACCUGAGGCAGAAGAGGCCCGCCGUCCUUCACUCCCUCAAGUUCAACAGAGAGAGGAUCACCUUCUGCCACCUGCCCUUCCAGAGUAAAUGGCUGUACAUCGGCACCGAACGGGGGAACAUCCACAUCGUCAACGUGGAGUCCUUCAUGCUCUCAGGCUACGUCAUCAUGUGGAACAAAGCCAUCGAACUGUCCUCCAAGGCGCACCCUGGACCAGUCGUACACAUAAGCGACAACCCCAUGGACGAGGGGAAGCUUAUAAUUGGAUUUGAGGCUGGGAUCGUGGUCCUGUGGGAUCUGAAAUCAAAGAAGGCUGACUAUCGCUACACUUACGAUGAGGCGAUCCACUCAGUUGCCUGGCAUCACGAGGGCAAGCAGUUCAUUUGCAGUCACUCAGAUGGAACUCUGACCAUAUGGAACAUCAGAGGCCAGGGCAAGCCCAUGCAGACAAUCACCCCACACGGAAAACAGCCCAAGGACGGGAAGAAGCCAGAGCCUUGUAAACCCAUUCUCAAAGUGGAAUAUAAAACCACGAGAAACGGGGACCCCUUCAUCAUCCUGUCCGGUGGUCUGUCCUACGACACCGUGGGCCGGCGGCCUUGUCUGACGGUGAUGCACGGGAAGAGCACCGCUGUCCUGGAGAUGGACUAUCCCAUAGUGGACUUCCUCACGCUGUGUGAGACGCCCUACCCCAACGACUUUCAGGAACCUUAUGCUGUGGUGGUCCUGCUGGAAAAGGACCUGGUGGUGAUCGACCUUGCACAAAAUGGUUACCCCAUAUUUGAGAACCCUUACCCUCUGACUAUACACGAGUCGCCUGUAACCUGCUGCGAGUACUUUGCCGACUGCCCUGUGGACCUCAUACCUGCACUUUACUCUGUCGGCUCGCGCCAGAAGCGACAGGGCUACAGCAAAAAGGAAUGGCCUAUUAGUGGUGGAAACUGGGGUCAAGGCACACAGAGCUACCCAGAGAUCAUCAUUACUGGGCAUGCUGAUGGGACUGUGAAGUUCUGGGACGCCUCAGCAAUAAUGCUCCAGGUCCUCUACAAGCUCAAAACAGCCAAGGUGUUUGACAGAAACCGGUCGAGAGAAGACAAGGGCAGCGCCGACGUGUCGGAUGAGGACCCCUUCGCCAUUCAGAUCAUGGCCUGGUGCCCCGAGAGCCGGAUGCUGUGCGUGGCCGGGGUGUCGGCCAACGUUAUCAUCUACCGCUUCAGCAAGCUGGAAGUCACUACAGAGGUGGUGCAGCUGCUGGAGGUGCGGAUGCAGUACGAGCUGAACGACAUCGAGUCGCCGGACGGCGGGGGAGGGGGAGGGGACCAGACCUCCGGCCUCCCGACUCCCGGCGUGUCCCCUCAGACGAGCGGCCCGCCCUCGCACCCCUCCACCAGCAGCAACAACUCCGACGGAGGCAACAUGCCCUGCCUUAAGGUGCGCAGCACUCCUCUGAAGCAGUCUCCAGGCUACCAGGUAGAUUUAGUGGUCCAGUUGGUGUGGGUGAGUGGAGAGCCUCCUCAGCAGAUCACAAGUCUGGCGCUUAAUUCCUCCUACGGCCUAGUGGUGUUUGGCAACAGCAACGGUCUGGCGGUGGUGGACUACGUCCAGAAGACGGUGGUGCUGAACCUGGGGACGGUGGAGCUGUACGGCUCCAACGACCCCUACCAGAGGCAGCCCCGGUCGCCGAGGAAGACGCGGCAGCCCUCGGGAGGUCUGUGCGACAUCAACGAGGGAUCGGCCACGUCUGAAGACCGCUGCAAGUCCCCAACUUCAGUGUUGACGUCAAACAGCAAUCUGCAGCAGUUCUACAAUGGCGGUGGUAGAGGAGCAAAGAUGUCACGGAAAUUAAGCUUGCCUACUGAGCUAAAGCCAGACUUGGUCCUCCUGUCUGUAUGCCCGCCGCGGGGUGCCAACCCUCUAGACCACCGGGACAACUCCUUCAGCCGCUCCCGCUCCUCCAGCGUCACCAGCAUCGACAAGGAGGCCCGCGAGGCCAUCAGCACCUUCCACUUCUGCGACACCUUCGCCCGGAAGGGGGACGGCGCCCUGACGCCCUGCCUGCACGUGGGCACCUCGCUGGGAACCGUCCUGGUGCUGGCGCUAACGCUGCCCCCUGCUGGGGAGCAGCGGCAAAUGCAGCCGGUUAUCAUUUCGCCGACAGGCAUGCUGGUCCGGCUGAAGGGCAGCGUCCUGCGGAUGGCCGUCCUGGACUCGGCGGGCUCCCAGCUGCCCCCCGCGUACGAGCCCUGGUUCGAGCCCAACGUCACAGCCGACGGCGAGGAGCGGGAGAAGAGCCGCAAGCGCCGGCCCGUGUCCGUGUCCCCGUCCACCUCGCAGGACCUCAGCGAGAGCCAGUACGCCGUGGUGUGCUCCGAGAAGCAGGCCAAGGUCAUCUCCCUCCCCUCCCAGACCUGCAUCUACAAGCACAGCAUCACAGAGACCUCCUUCAUCCUCCGGGCGGACGUGGUGCAGAUGAGCCAAGGCGCGUGCGUGGCUUGUUUCUGCGCCAACGGCCACAUCAUGACCCUCAGUUUGCCCGGACUGAGACCACUUAUGGAUGUAAACUACUUGCCUUUGACAGACAUGCGAAUAGCCAGGACGUUCUGCUUCACCAACCUGGGUCAAGCCAUGUACCUGUGCUCCCCCACGGAGGUCCAGAGGAUCACUUACAGCCAGGACACCUGCGAAAACCUGCAAGAGAUGCUGGGGGAACUUUUCACACCCGUGGAGACCCCCGAGGCGCCGAACAGAGGCUUCUUCAAAGGCCUCUUCGGGGGAGGAGCGCAGUCACUAGACAGAGAAGAGCUGUUCGGUGAGCUGGCGGCCGGGAAGGCGUCCCGGAGCCUGGCCCAGCACAUCCCGGGCCCGGGCGGCAUCGAGGGCAUGAAGGGCGCGGCCUCCGGCGUGGUGGGGGACCUGGCACGCGCCCGCAUAGCGCUGGACGAGAGGGGCCAGAAGCUGGGCGAGCUGGAGGAGCGGACCGCCGCCAUGAUGGCCAGCGCCGACUCCUUCUCCAAGCACGCCCACGAGAUGAUGCUGAAGUGCAAGGACAAGAAGUGGUACCAGUUCUGAUCAGCGGGCCGUCACCCUCCAUCCGCUCACCUGGACCCACAGAGGCCCCCACCCGUCCAUCCGUCCACGCAUCCAUCUCUCCAAGCCUUCUUCACUCAGACACUCGGGAGUUUCCUCCCCAGCACAAUGAUGAAUACUUCUCUUACCUCAGUCUUUCAGUGGAACUGAGGGGUAGACGGGGGGCAAGGACAACCUCAGAGGGAGCGAAUGAAUUGUCUUUUCAUGUUCCUGUCUCUGUGUUUAUCUCUGUUCGAGGCUCACACCUGGAGAUUCUUCAUUCGUCUCAUUUUGCCAAACUCGUCCUUCACCGUCGUCUCCGCGCCCUGAGCCCGUCAGGGCCCGUGGUCGAACUGAUGAACAAAGCUGAAAAAAGACAAACACCAAACAAAGACUGCAAAAGUGUAAAAAUAAAAAAAGUGACAGAAAGUUAAUCUAAAUACAUCACUAUAUAUACAUGAAUCUAAUAAAUGUGCAAUGCUGUAUCCACUUCCAAGUGACAAGUGCAAAAGCGACGGGUGACUUAUGGAGACAGAAGCAGGAUGGGAACGGCUGCGACGACGACUCCUCCUCCAGCAGAGUCACAGGGAUUAAAACCACCCACUGACUCCCAUGAACACUGGAUAAAUAUCCUGUUAUCUGGCUCCACCACUCAACUCUCUGUCUCUGACAGGCGCUCACAUCGUCACCAACUCUGUGUACCUGUGUGUUCAUUUUGAGUUUAUCACCAUUCCCCUAUUUGUUAUUCCUUGGGUUUUUUGCUCCGUCUGCGUUGUUGGAAAAUUUUAUUUUUCUAUUGUUGUGAAAGUGGAUGAAAUUUAAUUAGUUGAAAAAAAAAGACGAUAUGUUUUGUGGCUUUUGUCUGACAACCUGAAUUAAUUUCUCCUUACAUUAAAAAAAGGGCUGGAAUCUAAAAGGAGUGCAAGGAUAUAAAGGCAUAUAUCAUUUAGUACUCACUGACAUGGCAAGUGUGUGUGUGUGUGUGUGUGUGUAGCAUAUUCAUUUAUUGUUGGUGAACAUUUCAUAUAAUAAUUGAACAUCCCCUGCAAAUGUCAUAAACUUCCACACUUGGGCUUCGAGUGUGACUGUGGCUUUGAAAAUACAGACCAUCAGUGCUAAAUACACUAACAGGACAUAGGAUUUGUCUAGGAGUAAAUCAUAUCUACAGAAUUCUAGAAAUGGAGAGUCUGAAGUUGUCUGUAUGAGGAAGUGUGAUUCCUUUGUUAGUAUUUAUUCACUGAGAUGCAAGAAGUGGUUGUGUUAAGUGUCAGAAACGUUCACUGGUUCUAUGUCCACGUCCGCAGCCAAGCUUGAAUCUGGUGCAUCGCUGUCUACCAGGAUUUGAAACCUUUAUUUGUAUAUAAGUAAAUAGUUUGACAAUCUAAGUCCAACUGGAAAGUAUAUGUCAAGGUUGCCCGAGCAACAUAAGAGGAGAGAGGCCAUACUUUUUCUGACGCCAAAGAAUUACUUUAGCUUUUCAUAGUUGUUUUCCCGUUCGGCUCGUUCGUCCCGUGUGUCUUCAGUGUGUGUGUGUGAAUGUGCGAGGCUUCGUCUGUGGAGACCCAUCACAUCCAUGAAGGCGUAGAAUCAUCUUCAUGGCCUAUCAGGGUUCAAACGAUGCGGAACGCAGCCAUUUGACGGUAACAUCACAACAUGCAGCAUUCAGUGUUUAAAGUGGCCUAAAGAGAGAAGGUUGUUUCCCUGAAAUCCAAAAUGAACCAUUCAACUGCAGCUCAGUCGAAGGAGUGUCUACCUGUACCAUCACCAGUGUGUGUGUGUGUGUGUGUGAGAAUGUGUUUGUACUCCUAUCCGUGUGUUCAAGUGAAUUAAUACCUUUGAUUUAAAAGAUUACGUUUUCCUUCCUAAUAAUUGUUGAUGUCCUAGUCUGUGUCCAGCUCUGUUAAACUAACUACAGCCAGCGAUGAUAAAAAAGGCUUAGACUGACUUCCGAUGACUUCUGUUUGAUUCUCCCUCGCUUCUAAAGCUGCCCUUGUCCUCUGAGGUUUCUCUUCCUCCAGCGAGGCUUGAACUGACUGCAGUCGUCCCACAGCUACAGAUCUGGCCUUCUUUACUUAGUAUAUUACCUUUGUAGUGGGGAUAUUAGUUGAUCUCUUCCUCCAGGGCGAAGAAGACGAAAGAAAGAAAUCUCCCUGAACGUCUGUAUUUCUCUCCAACCUGUUUUGUCUUUGUGUCUUUUUUUUUAAUGUUAUAUUUCUUUUUUCCAUCUUUGAGUGAUUUGUUUCUUGUCCUUACUCUACAGUAUGCAGUAUUUUUACCCAGUACACUCCAACAACAACAAGAAGAGGGAAUCCUGUCAAUCUGCCAUAUGCCAUCUUCUGUCCUGGUGUCAACAGUUACCAGUGGGUUGCAGUAUUUUUUUCAUUGUAGCCAAUUUUCUUGUACAGUUUUAUGCAACUUUCACAUGGAUGUUUAUGACUAUCUGCUGCCACAAGAAUUUAGAAAUUCUGUAGAUAGAACUUAUUGUGCAAUGGAAAAUAAAAGUGGAAAAUGUA